UAGUGAUGUGGAUAACUUUGAGAGUAAAAAUACUCAAUAGAGUAAAAGUAUUAUUUCGAUAAACCCAAAGACUACAAACGAAUUGACAAUGUUCUAUAUAGGACUCAUACUUAUGUACACACUUUUUCUCUACAUGAAUUCCGAUGGCUCUAUGUGCAAUUUUGGAGAAUCGUACUGUUCGGUGACAUUUUUGGACAGGAAAGAUGUAGUGCCAGUGGGCUGUGACGAGACCACAAUGCUGACCACCACCAGCGGGUCAAAGUUGGCCUGCGCCAGGGCCUGCAUGUUUAUGAAAGCGUGCGCCGUGUUUGAGUACUCCAGUCAGACCAAGAAGUGCUCACUCUGUCCUGGUGACCUGAUACAGAAUCUGACCUACAGUUCCGAGAAAGUUUUCACAUGGCCUUUUAAAUAUUUUCUGGAGAGCAAUCAACCCUAUGUACAAACUACGCUCAAUAGCCGUACAAUAUUUGUAUCAGACGGACUAACCGUUGGAUCUUUGGUGCGGCUGAUAUUUUCUUUUGAACCAACCCGUGGUGGACUUCAGAUCCAGUUUUGCCAAAACUCCACUGACGUUACCAGUGUGAACUGCUCUCUAAUUUCAACUUUCAGUUUCUACAAUAUUACAACUUGGACCCGUCUCAACUCUGUGUACGGGCCUAAAACAACAUCGUCGCCGAGAAACUCUACCUUUGACAAAAACGCUAUAGUCAAUUUGGACAUCCUGGUGUCCACUGAUGGCUACCUGAUGUAUAUGAACCAAGAUUACCAGAGAAUCGCCAAGCAUGCUAUGCCAACUAAUAUAACUAGAUAUAUUAAUAUCUAUCUUAGAGCACCGAUUCAUGAAAUCAAUGUAUAAGGAUCGAACAGUCAUAAAGAUGUCUGUAAAAACUACUAUGUUCUUUUUUCAUACUUAAGCAAAUUACAGCUGAGUUUUAAGUCGAUGUAUAUAUUAUAAUUGAAAAUGAAAUUGCAUCAAUAUUCCUAUACUGUAACCGCCACUCCAGCUAACGGGUCUCUGAUGUCGGCCCCUUUGUGGAACGCUGUGACGGACUUGUUGGAUUGGAUUGAUGGCUUUUGUUCCAUCCCCACCACGAGUGAGAUUUAAAAAAAAAAAAAGCUCAACCAGGGUAUCCUGCAGGGGCCUGGUUCGCUUCCCGUUCUUAGCCUAUCGAGUUCCACUACUAGACGUUUCCACGGAGGCGCCACGCUGAGGCGACGGGG